ACUCAGUUGUCGGGCCUUGAAGCAGAGAUCAACCUGUUGCGUCGUCGUAUUGCCAAUCUUGAGGAGGAAAUUGCUCGUAUCAAGAAGGAGAACAUCAAGUUUGUUAACGAACUAACCAAAGCACGCUCAGACCUGGAUCAAGAAACACUGAACCGUAUUGACUUCCAAAAUCAAGUUCAAACGCUUCUCGAAGAGAUCGACUUCAUGCGUCGUGUGCAUGACCAAGAGAUCGUUGAACUGCAAGCGAUGGCAUCCCGCGAUACCACUCCUGAGAAUCGUGAAUUCUUCAAGAACGAACUUGCUUCGGCUAUCCGCGACAUCCGCGCAGAAUAUGACCAGAUUUGCAACGUCAAUCGUACCGAUAUGGAAUCGUGGUACAAACUCAAGGUUCAAGAAAUUCAAACGCAAUCGAACCGUCAGAAUCUGGAACAGAAUUACGCCAAGGAAGAGGUGAAACGCCUCAGAGUACAGUUGACUGAACUGCGCGGAAAAUUGGCCGAUUUAGAAGGACGUAAUUCGUUGUUGGAGAAACAAACACAAGAGUUGAACUACCAAUUGGAGGAUGAUCAACGUUCAUAUGAAGCUGCAUUGAAUGAUCGUGAUGCACAGAUUCGUAAAAUGCGAGAAGAAUGUCAAGCGCUUAUGCUUGAAUUGCAAAUGCUUCUCGACACCAAACAGACAUUGGAUGCCGAAAUAGCCAUCUACAGAAAGAUGUUAGAAGGUGAAGAAAAUCGUGCUGGACUUCGUCAACUCGUAGAACAGGUCGUCAAGACUCAUGGCCUUACACAAGUGGCUGAGACUGUGUCAUUCAUAUUUUUACUUAUCUGGGCUCGUGGCCAAGGCGGAAUCCAUAGUCCUCCAGACCAAUUGGUCUUCGAUAUGGAAGACUCGUUUGGCACAGGAUCCAACGUUCAAACGAUUCUUUUCAAUAGGGAAGGAGAGACACUGACAAGUAAAAAUAUGAAUGACACUUCAAAUUGCUAUCUGUUUGUUCCAGGAACGUGCUACUCAUAUUCAACGCUCAAGCCAUACAAUCAGUUAAAUAUAACGAAGGAGCUCGAUAAAACUCCGGCAAUGCGAAACGCAUAA